UCGCACGCUUGCUGAAAGCGGACCUAUGUUUACUCCCUGUGCAUCGCACAAAUCUACGCGCACUUGCAGCCCUUUCCAAGUCCGACGACAGAACACGAGCCUCGCGCAAAACUCCAAAGAGCGACAUUAGACUAAGAUACGCAGUUUUAUUGCUAUUUGAUUACUUUUGCGCUGGCAGCAAUGAUCUCGUCUGGCAAUCGCCCUUCCAGAUGGGGCAGGAACCCUUUCGUUCAUACGAUAAAAUUCAGCAAGGCAGACAUAAUAAAGAUUGGACUCAUGUCUGUGACGGUGUUUCCAGUUCGACUACUCAUGGUUUCCUUCUUCAUGCUGCUGGCGUGGCCGUUUGCCUUCGCAGCCUCGUUUGGACGCUCGGAAUUUAUUGUUGACUCGCAGUCAUGGUGGAGAAGUUUUAUCAAGCGUUCCCUGAGCGUCAUUAUGAGGGCCAUGUGGUUUUGCGGUGGUUUCCAUUGGAUUAAUGUGAAAGGUCAACGGGCGACGUCCUCCGAAGCCCCCAUCAUCACGGUGGCACCUCACUCCAGCUACUUUGACGCCAUUCCCAUCACCCGCACCAUGUGCUCCAUUGUCACUAAACUGGAGAGUGGCAGUCUUCCCAUCUGGGGCACCCUGAUCAAGUACAUCAGACCGGUGUUUGUAUUCCGUUCGGACCAGGACUCGAGGAAGCAAAGUGUUGAGGAGAUCAAGAGGAGAGCAUGCUCUGGAGGGGAGUGGCCUCAGAUCAUGAUAUUUCCAGAAGGUACAUGCACCAACAGGACAAGCCUCAUCUUAUUCAAAGCAGGUGCUUUCAUUCCAGGACUCCCAGUGCAACCGGUGGUUUUGCGAUACCAAAAUAAACUGGAUACAAUUUCAUGGACGUGGCGAGGGCCUGGAGCGUUCAAGAUUUUAUGGCUCACUCUGUGUCAGCCUCACAAUCCCAUGGAGAUAGAGUUCUUGCCGGUUUACACCCCGUCUGACGAGGAGAAAGAAAACCCAACUCUGUUCGCCAACAACGUUCGAAAACUCAUGGCCAAAGCGCUGGAGGUGCCGCUCACGGAUCUCUCCUUUGAGGACCGGGAGAUUAGUUUUUCGCAAGGGCCCCUGCGCAUCCACAACGCCAGCAGCCUGCUUGAGUUCAAUCUGCUGGUACGCCGCUUGAGGCUGAAGAUUACAGAUAGCCUUCUGAAUGAGCAUGCCAGCAGAGUCAGGAAGCUGCAAAGACAUAAACUGAAUUUGCAAGACUUGGCAUGCUUCCUUCACCUGCCAGUUACAGAGACACUGCAAGAAGUUAGCAACCUCUUCGGCAAGGAUGAAGAUGGUCACAUUGACAUCAGACACUUUAUUAUCGCUAUGUCCACUAUUUACCGACCAUCAAGGUCAAUGGAGACCCUCAAGAUGGCCUUCAAGAUGUAUGUCAACGAGGACAGCGGCGAGGUCUAUGAAGAUGAGCUGGCCUCCACCUUGGAGAUAAUGUUGGGAGUGAAAGAAGUUGAUUUGUCAAUGCUUUUUAUGGAGCUCGAUGGACCAGAUACUGGGAAAAUCACGUAUGAUGAGCUUCAUCAUUUCAUAGAGCAGCACCCACGCGUUGUCUCCGACUACCUUGACUUUAAAGACCACCCACGCAAGUUCUGCAUCCGCCGACCCAACGCCUGCAACGGUCAGAACCACGACAAAGACAACUGAAAAGGAUGAUUUAAGACAAAAUAUUUAUCUUUGCUUCUUUGCUGUGGGACGCAGCACAAGUGCCUUUUUACAGCAAGAGAGGGAUAAUAAACUCUGAAUGGAAAUACAAACAAGUGGCCCGGAAGGCUUUCUGGACGCGUCGGAAGCUCUGCGCAUCAUUUUCGGUCUCUCGCUACGAGACGUGUUUUAUAAGUCUACAAACGAUUAUUUAUUUUCAGACGCCUUUUCUGCUUAAGAAUAAUAAUAA